AUGUUCUCUGAAAUGGACGCCCCCAGUGCCGAGCUUAUCAUUCAAAUCCUACAAGGUGAUCUGCAGGAUGCUCUGGGACAGAAUGGAAUACCGAGAGACCCUGACCAUGAGCUUGCGCUUAGAGAAUGGGCAGCGCAGCUCGGGCAUUUCAUUGCAAUGUUCACCGAUCAACAGAUGGCUCAGAGUAUAUCUAACGCGGUUCAGGAUGACGGCGUGGCAGUGACUAUUGCAGUGGAAGAGAAAAGAAGAGCGCUCGCAGAUAGAGUAACUGCCCUCAGAGUCGGAGGUCACGAUGCCCCGCAUCCAGAGCAGUUGUUGAUGCGGAACAGUGCCUCAAUGGCUGGCCUUGUGGGAGACCCACCUACCCUCGUCGAUGCACAAGGCUCAUUUCUAGAUGCACGUACUGAGCCGAACGAGACCCCUGAGAACCACGAAAGGCUUCCAUGCGCGUCCUGUAUGGUAGUGUACUUAUCGUUGGAGCUCAUGAAGGCACCCUGUGGGCACAUCUACUGUCGAUCCCCUAGCUUCAUCUCACAGACAGUCGAGAUGGCCAAACUGUUUAUUGGUGGCCUGGCAUGGCACACCACUGACCAAACUCUACGUGAGGGCUUCGAAAAGUAUGGUCAAGUCGAAGAAGCGGUCGUUGUGAAAGACCACGACACCUUCCGCAGUCGAGGAUUCGGUUUUGUCCGAUUCGCUCAGGAGCAGGAUGCAGAGACCGCCAUGAGUGCCAUGAACAACCAGGAAUUCGACGGCCGCACAAUCCGCGUCGACAAGGCCUCUGAGCGUCCCGGCGGUCGCAACAACGGUGGCUACCAUGGCCGCGGCGGUUACAACCGGCCAGAGGGCAAUGGAAAUGGUGGCGGUUACCGUGGGGGAUACGGCGGAGGCUAUGGCGGAGGGUACGGAGGGGGUGGCGGUGGCGGUGGCUGGCGUGGCAACCCUCAGCAAGCUCCCACUAACUCCGGUGCUUAA